AUGUCCUGUCCGUUUGUACGCGAGCAACCCAUUGCGGAAGGUGCAAGAUUGAUAAGGAGAGUUUUCAGAAUUCAGCGUAUAUUGCGGGAUAGACAGGAUCCUUUAGCUCAGCGCGACAGUGUGCUCAUAGAGAGAUAUCGAUUUUCCCGUGAGGGUAUUAUUUACUUAACCAACUUGUUGGAUCCCUAUGUUAAGAGUUCCACUCACCGUAGUCGGGCGUUAACAACUGCACAAACUGUGUGCAUUUCCUUGCGUUUCUUUGCGAGUGGCACGUUUCUGUACGCUGUUGGAGACGCAGAGAACAUUCGCAAAAGUGCAGUCUGCCGUUCCAUUUGCAAAGUAUACCUGGCACUCAAGUAUUUCCUGGGUGUGUUUGUGGUUUUUCCAAGCCACUUAAGACCACAGGUUGUCAAACAGGGCUUUUUUUCUAUUGCAGGCUUCCCUAAUGUGAUUGGUACCAUAGACUGCACACACAUUGCGAUCAAGGCCCCCCCAGGCCCCAAUGAAGGGGAUUUUGUCAAUCGAAAGGGGGUUCACAGUAUAAAUGUGCAGAUGGUGUGUGACUCUAUGUGCCAUAUCACAAAUGUGGAAGCUAAAUGGCCCGGAUCAGUGCAUGACUCCAGAAUUUUCAGAGAGUCAGGGUUAUGCACAUUAUUUGACACAGGGGCCUACGAUGGGAUUCUCCUUGGAGACAGGGGUUAUGCAUGCAGGCAGUACUUCAUGACACCGUUCCCUGACCCCAACCCUGGGCCACGAACCCGCUACAAUGCAGCUCUAGCCAGGACAAGGGCACGCAUUGAAAUGACCUUUGGGCAAAUAAAGGGAAGAUUUCAUUGUCUGAAAAGUCUGAGGGUUGCACCUGACAGGGCAUGUGACAUUAUUGUUGCAUGUGCCAUACUGCACAACAUUGCCACCAUCAGAAAGGAGAGGACUCCUGUGGUGGAGGUGCAGCCUGAUGAUGACCUCCAGCCAGUGCACUUGGACCAACCUAGUGGCUGCACGGGACAGAAUUGUGCAACACAAUUUCGAAUAUUAAAAACAUGA